UUCAUCAUAACCUCCUGGAUAACUUUAGCAUGAAAUUUCAAUUUUCCGUGACUAUAAAGAAAGAAAAUAGUACUGUUUUAUUCAUUGGGUUCAGAUGUUUUGAUGUUAAGAACGUUAUGACUUUCUAUUGCCUAGUAAUCCUGAGUUUGAUCUUACCUCUUUCUUCCAUUUGUACUGCUCAAGCUUCUUCUUUCAAUAAUGGCGAACUUUCUGUAAUGAAAAUUGUGAGUAAAAAUAAUGUGUUUCAUCAGCACCAGGUUGAUUCUUCUUCUCUAGUUCAUGAUAGCGGUGAAAGUACUGGAGUGACAGAAAAUUUCAGAUCAGGGAAGGGCCAAAACAUCUUGCAUAGAAAGCCUCGCCUCAUGAGAAAUGCUCAUGGGGUUCUAAACAUCAUAGGAUGGGGAACUCUCUUGCCCAUGGGGGUUAUCAUUUCCAGAUACUUCAGAAAAUUUCCAUUGAAGUCUGAUGAUUGGUACCCUCUUCAUGUACUGUGUCAAACUUCAGGUUACAUUGUAGGCACCAUUGGAUGGGGCAUUGGUUUAUGGCUUGGAAACUCCUCCAAACAUUACACCCUUAAAACACAUCGCAUCCUCGGCAUCCUUGUAUUUACAUUCGCAACUGUACAAAUGUUGACGACAGUACUGCUGCAAGCGAGGAGAGAAGAUGAAUGCAGGAGGUGUUGGGAGAUCUACCAUCAUGUGAUGGGAUAUGCAGUGAUAGGUUUAAGCAUAGCGAAUAUAUUUCAAGGGAUAAUGCAUCAAGCUCAUGCUGAAAGAUGGAAACUGGUAUAUGUGGGAAUUCUUGCAGUAUUGGCUUGUGUUGUGUUUGCACUGGAGAUUAUUCGAUGGAUCAUCAAGUCUAGAAUUCAACAGCAAAUGGCUUUUGAAAACAACAUGUACAAUUUCAGUACUUGAUUUUGUUGCUUUCAUUUUUAUUUCCUGAAUCUUAUUAAACUGUGCACCCAAAUAAAUGGAAUUAUUACUGUAAUCCAAUUUUUUUUUUAAAAAUUUCCUUGUCUCCUUUUUUAGCCUUUCAGAAUCUUGUCUCCAUUUUUAGCCUUUCAGAA